AGAAUAGUUACAAGUCGGUAGCGAUGUGAGUCGGACGCCAGCUGCUGUCCGCUUCUUGUCUUCGCGCUCUUUCGCGCCGCGAGCGGCUGACGACUGCGAAUUUGGGACAAGCACGAGUACUUUGCACCCUUUCUGACUCACUCGUAAUCGUAUCAGCCAUCCUCUUCAGAAUUUUCAUUCUAAUCGUGAUAUAAUAAUAUAGCUUGUCAUUGAUGUAAUCAGUUCAAUGUUUACAUUACGCCCGUAUCAAGCUAUGAAAAUUCAUUACGUUCUCAUAAAUCAGUCGUUCCGGUGAUUCAGUUAGUGUUUUACAAAGAUAUUAUGGAUACUGGAGAGUUUGUAAUAAGGUGAUAAAUAAUCAAAAUGCCUGUGCUUCGUAACGCUGACCACCCCGCCUCUAAAGGCACCGACUCCCUACCAGCUCGCUAUGGUGUUGCUGUGCUUGGGGCUUGGGCCGCGGAGUCAGCUACAUAUCCGUUCGACUUAACAAAGACAAGGCUACAAAUACAGUCCGAGGUAGCCGCAGCGAAGCAUGGAUACACGAUGGAGAAUCACGGAAUGAUAAAAACGGCUCUGGGCAUUGCGAAGCAGGAAGGUAUUUCGAAGCUAUGGAGUGGGCUCAUGCCAAUGUUCCAACGUCACGCCAUCUACUCGGGCAGUCGGUUGAUUAUUUACGAACACUUCCGUAAUGCAUUUAAAGACACAAAUGGGAAGGUGUCUCUGGGAGCUGCUUCAAUGGGCGGUCUGGUGGCAGGAUCUCUGGCACAAUUGAUCGCGUCACCGACGGAUCUGGUGAAAGUGCAAAUGCAAGCAGAAGGUCGACGGGUACUGCAAGGAAAGCCGCGGCGCUUUGCCAAUUGUAGGCAGGCUUAUACGAUGCUGUAUGCAGAGGCUGGUAUUUUAGGUUUUUGGAGAGGUGCAAUACCAAAUGUUCAACGCGCGGCACUCGUCAAUAUGGGUGAUUUGGUCGCUUACGACUACAGCAAGCAGUUCCUAAUACGUGAGUUCGGUAUGGCGGAUACCGCACUCGUGCAUGCCGCGGCCGCCUUCGCCGCCGGCUUCGUGGCAGCCGUCAUGGGCACUCCGGCGGACGUACUUAAAACACGUCUUAUGAACCAGCCAGUGGGACCGGAUGGAAGAGGCACGCUUUAUCGUGGAAUGAUUGACUGUCUUAAGCAAUCUGUGAAAAAUGAAGGAAUAUUCUCGCUGUACAAAGGGUUUCUUCCACUGUGGAUGCGGCUCGGUCCUUGGGCUUUAAUCAACUGGGUAGCGUUUGAAAACAUAAUGCUUGCCAUCGGAGGCCAUACGUUUUAAAUACCAAAAUUUAUUUAGCUUGAAUGUUUAUGGGUUUUGUAUAAUCGUUACCAAUUAAGAAGCUAUGAUAUGCUUAUAAACACAAAAAAAAUAUUUAUAAUUGUUAAUUUAUUUUUAAAAUAAAAUAUAUGUUUGUAAUGGAUCAAAAAGUCAAUAAUGAAAAGACAUUUAUUUAAGGUAUCAAGUAAAAUUAUAAUUUUAAAGGUAAUUUAAUAAAGGUACUUAUUUAUUUAAAACAUUUUUUUUGGCGAAAUCUUUUUGACGACAAUUACUCAACGAUGACUCAAAAAAAUAUAUACUAUAAAUCCGGGGCCAGACAUUCGAUACCAACUCUGUAAAUGUCAAAUUUAAGUAGUAUAGUAUAUUAAGUAAUAGAAAGUGAUCAAUAUGCAUUGUGUUCUUAUGGCAUCGAAUACAUUUAGGAAAUAUUUAAAAAUAUUCAAAUUGUUUAAAAGUGCAAAUAUUUCAUUUUUAUAAAUGUUUAAGUAUUAAGAGUACAUAUGUAGUACAGACUCAUAAUAAUUCAAAUUUCGACGACCAAGACAACCGACUUGAAUUGAAUAAUUUAUUACAUUCAAAAAUUAAUGUUUAAGAAUAGAACACAAAUUUACUAUAAUAUAUCAUCCAUAUUUAAUAUUUAUGCUAAAUUUGUAAUUUUCUUUUUUACAAUGUACAUAAUGGCUGACGUACUUUUGUUUUUUACUUACAAAUUGAUGUGGCACGUCAUUAUAUAGCAAUAUAUUAUGUAAUGUGUUAGCCUUAACCAAAUCACCCAUUUUAUACAGAUAUAUAUAUAUUUAUAUAACAUUCUAUAUAAACGUGUGUACCUGGUUUAAUGUUAUUAUAUCAAUCAGCACAAAGUGUAUACGUGAAUGGUAAUAUUUCUUGACGUAAUACAAGUGUUUGUAUGGGAAAUAGUUAAUUUAUACGAGAAUUGGAAUAUAGUUGAAAAUGUUGGUUGCUAAAAUCUGUAAUAAAAAUGUGAUGUUAUUCGUAGUAUUUCAUAGAAAUAUUAAAUUAUUUAUUGUUAAAAA